UUCGUUUUCUUCGAGUUGUAUUUGCAGGAGAUGCGCAAGGACCUCCUCACCAUAUUGCAGCUGGGGUUCGCCUUUUUCCUUCUCUUCUCCGCCUUCAACUCCCAGGCAUUUGUCGAGAUAUCGGUGCUGCGAAGCCUGUCACGGCAUGAUCCCUCGUCAGGCAUCACCGAAAACAGUGGCUACUACAGCUUAGCGAUUAUCUACUUCGUCUUUACCUUCUUCACCUUAAUCGCUCCGCCUAUCAUCAGCGUGCUUGGCGCGAAAUGGGCACAGGUAGUCGGAGCUGUAUGUUACACGUCAUUCAUGAUUCAGUUUCUGUUUCUGAACGUUUACGUGCUGUACUUUUUCUCCGCUGUGUUGGGGUUCGGUAGUGCUGUGCUAUGGACAGCAAAUGGCGCUUACCUGGUGCAGUUCUCUAGACAAGGAAAAAUCGUCCGAAACAGUGGGAUUUUAUGGGCAAUGUUACAGUCGUCGCUGGUUGCUGGAGCAAUUUUCCUCUUUUUCGUCCUGAGUCAUGGUGAUUUCCCAUCUUCCUAUCAGCUUCUGUAUACCGUGUUCGCAAUGGUUUCCAUUGCUGGUGUGAUUACUCUUUGUGCUCUCCCAGCAUCACCAUCGUUUACAUUGGAAGAGACAUUUCAAGACCCGCUUUUCGAUGAAAAUGUGGACGAAUUGGAUAUCUCAUCAUCAUCUAUCACUCUCGUUCCCACUGGUUGGAAAGACGAGUUCAGACAUACGUUCCGUCUUCUAGCCACAAAGGAGAUGGCGCUCUUGUCGGUAUGCUUUCUAUUCAGUGGCACUGAAACAACAUUCUAUACGGGAGUGUACACUGCUUGUAUUUCGGCAUCUGCUGCUUUGAAUAUGGGAUCAGAGAAGAUAAUCUCUUUCGUGGUAAUGGCUAUUGGUGGCGGACAAAUCAGUGGAGGAAUGAUAUUUGGUGUGUUCCCUCAUUGCAAUUCACUCAAUCGCUCGCAAGUUGUAAUCCUCGGGAUGAUCAUGCACAUCACCGCGUUCUUCCUGUGCUUUUUGAAUUUGCCAAUGGAAUGUCCGCUGCACAAGACCUCGGCUAUUGGGUAUAUUGAACCAAGCACUAUCGUAGCGAUGCUGAGUGGAUAUUUCAUCGGUAUGGCUGACUCUUGCUGGAAUACGCAAAUCUAUACACUCCUUGGUGUGAUGUACAAGCAUGAGUCGUCAUGUGCAUUUGCUCUGUUCAAGUUCUUCCAGUCACUAGCUGCUUGUGCCUCGUUCUACUACAGCUCUGUUUUGCUUCUGCAUUGGCAGUUGCUAUUCUUAUGUCUCGGAGCUGGUAUGGCUGCUGUUUGCUUCAACAUAGUUUCCAGCAAGGCUGAUCAGCAGGAACGUGACUGA